GUGAACAACACGCGGGAGGUUGCUCAAGUAACAUACAACAUACUCAAAAUAUACGUGCCUGAGCAUCAGUUCAGCGUACUUAGUUUCUUUAGUUGUUUCAGCUGAAGCAAACACACUCUUAGUUUAUAACCACACUCUAGUUACAAAUCUGCUGGGUGUCCAGCGUGCGUACGACUUUUCGCGUCAACAACAUGGCUUUCUCAGGAUUAGCAAUGUUUGCUUCGCGCACAACGUCGAAAGUGUGUUUACGCACAACCGCACGUCCAGCCAUGGCUUCCAUAGAGACAACUUGGAGUUCCAAUGUGGGUAGUAGUAAGUAUGCACACGCACAGUUGUCAGUGAGCAGCCCAUCGCAUACCACGGUUCGUGGUAUGGCGAAGCAAACGAACAAAGUAAUCAAGGACAAGCGUCGCCUGAGACAGAAGAGUCUGAUUGCAUGGGAACGACGUGCGGAUGAGAAGAUCAGAUACAACAAAUACUUUUCCCCGGAGUAUAUUGCGGCCAGGCCAGAAGGGCAGGACUCCAACAUGUGGUAUCUGCUGAUCGAGGAGGAUGAAUCAGGCACCCCCGAGAAUAGCGAGCAGACGCUUGCUAGGCUCAGAAAGAAGGCCAAGAAGAUAGUUUCAGGAAGAAAUGUAGACGAGACGAACGAUCAGGUGCAAGAUGCGAUUGUGAUUGAGCAUCUAGACAAGGUGCUUGAAUCUGACUCUGAUAAAACAGAGACUACAGACACUCCCAAGGGCACUGAAGCCAAGAAAGAACCUGUGAAGGCUGUCAGGAAAGGUGCAGAUUCGAAGAAGGAGGAUCUGGGUGCUAAGAGUACAGAGUCCAAGGAUAAGGCUGCUGCGGGUGUGAGUGCGCGCGAGAAGACACCUGAGACGACCGAGACGGAAGAGCAACGCUUCGAGAGGUACAUGAAGAAGCAGGACGAGUUUGAGGACAAGUAUGAAGAUUACGACGAAGCCAUGGAGCGCUUUGAAAACUGGAAGAAGAAGGACCUGGCUCGAUAAACACUUGGUAGUAUGUUGGUAGGCUUAUUAUCACAUCUGUAUCAGACAAUGCGAGCUUAUAAACUUAUCAUGAGAGAACG